AUGUACACAGUCCAGCCAGAUGAUGGGCUGUAUUAUAUUGCCAACGAUGUCUUCAUGGGCUUGGUUACACACCCAAGAAUCCAACAAGUUAACAGGAUAGAAAACGCUGAUGUAAUCAAAGUGGGCCAGAAGCUGUGGAUCCCACUUCCAUGUAGCUGUGAAGACGUGGAUGGUCAGAGAGUUGUUCAUUAUGCACACUUGGUGGAAGACGGGAGCAGUGUGGAAGAGAUUGCAGGAAAGUUUGGGACAACUACUGACACACUGCUUAGGCUUAAUGGGAUUGCUAAUGACAGUCAACUUUAUGCAGAAACUGCAUUUGAUGUCCCUCUUAAAGGUCAUUUGGUUCUUUUGCUUGCAUUUGAUUUGGUCACCAGGAAAAAGUAG